CUCAGCCUCACUUUUUACUCCACCGCAUUUGGCCAACGCCACAACUUGCAGCAGUUCUCCUCCGCAUCUGAGCGAAGAACCACGUCCCAGUGAGGCAGAGCGACGACUUCCAGCAUCAGCCGCAUCCUUUCUGCCCCCAGCGAUGGAGAGGGAGGUCAGCUUCUGCCCAAAGUGGCACGGUGCGCUCUGCUCCGGGCUUUUCUUCAUCCUGUCCUGCUUGGCUCUCGUCGCCGAGGCGGACAUAACCUGCAGGUCAUGUCAGGAUGGGUAUAAGUGGCGUCCACAGGAAUUACUGCUGAGGGUGGAAACAAGUGGCCCCGCUGCGGGGUUUCAGGGGGAAGUUUGGGGGAGCGGCGGCCGGACCGGGAGGGUCCUCUGCGAGCCUGGGUCUGCCGGAUGCGCGGAGCUGAGCCGGAUUACAGACAGCUGGAGCGGACAGCCUGGGCAGGGGAAAGUUGGUUUGACUUCCCAGCGCUUCAAGAGGGACAGUGGCGGUGCUAGAACCCCGGCUGAGGGAGCGGGCGCGGCGGAGGAGCGCAGAGUGCCGCGCUGGAGCAGAGAGGAGCGCAGAGCUGCAGGUGCGCGGCAGGAGGACUUAAAGCUCAACAGCUCCACGUUCGCCCUGACAGGCGACUCGGCCCACAACCAGGCCAUGGUGCACUGGUCCGGACACAACAGCAGCGUCAUUCUGAUGUUAACCAAACUCUUUGACUUCAACCUCAACAGUGUGACUGAGAGUUCAUUAUGGAGGUCAACUGACUACGGUGCAACAUACCAGAAGCUGAAUGACAAAGUGGGGGCAAAGACGAUCCUCAGCUAUCUGUAUGUGAGCCCCAACAACAAGAGGAAGAUUAUGCUGCUGACGGAUCCGGAGGUGGAGAGCAGCCUUCUGAUCAGCUCUGAUGAAGGAGCCACAUACCAGAAGUACCGGCUGAACUUCUACAUCCUGAGCCUGCUCUUCCACCCUGAACAGGAGGACUGGAUCCUUGCAUACAGCCACGACCAGAAGCUUUACAGCUCUGUAGAGUUUGGAAGAAGGUGGCAGCUGGUACACGAGAAAGUGGCUCCUAAUCGUUUCUAUUGGUCCAAGAUGGGUUUGGACAAAGAACCAGGCUUAAUUCACCUGGAAACCAGCAUCUCUGAAGGACAGGCGCUUUAUGUCACCUGCAAGCUGCAGAACUGCACCGACGCCAACAAGGGCAAACCGUUCCCCGGAUACAUUGACCCCAAUUCCCUGGUGGUGCAGGAUGAGUAUGUGUUUGUCCAGGUGUCCACUGCAGGGAGGCCGGUCUACUAUGUUUCUGCAAAACGAGACGUCUUUACCCCGAUGAAGCUGCCAAAGUACACCCUGCCCAAGGAGCUGCAUGUGAUCAGCACAGAUGAAAACCGAGUGGUGGCUGCCGUUCAGGAGUGGAACCAGAAUGAAACCUACAACCUGUAUGUGUCUGACACUUCUGGAGUCUACUACACUCUGGCUCUGGAGAACGUGGUCAGCAGCAUGGGCCUGGAGGGAAACGUCAUGGUGGACCUCUAUGAGGUCGCUGGAAUAAAAGGGAUGUUUCUUGCCAACAAGAAGACGGAUAACCAAGUGAAGACGUACAUCACCUACAACCGCGGCAGAGACUGGAGGUUGCUGCAGGCUCCGAGCAGAGACCUUAGAGGAAACAGUAUCCACUGUGUGCUGCCGUACUGCUCAUUACAUCUCUAUCUUCACGUGUCUGCCAACCCCUACACAUCUGGAAACAUCGCCAGCAGGGAGUCUGCGCCUGGGAUCAUCGUCGCCUCAGGCUCCAUCGGUUCAGAGUUGACCACCAGCAAUGUCAGCGUGUUCAUCACCUCUGAUGCAGGAAACACGUGGAGACAGAUCUUUGAUGAGGAGUAUGCUGUGCUUUAUCUCGACCAAGGUGGAGCCUUGGUGGCAAUAAGACACACUCCACUUCCCAUCCGACACCUGUGGUUGAGUUUUGACGAAGGACGGCAGUGGAACAAGUACAGCUUCACCAACACGCCUCUGUUUGUGGACGGAGUGCUGGGCGAACCAGGGGAGGAGACCCUCAUCAUGACGAUCUUUGGGCACUUCAGUCAUCGCUCUGAGUGGCAGCUGGUAAAAAUAGAUUUCAGGUCCAUCUUCAACAGGAGGUGCACCGAGGCGGACUACCAGACGUGGCACCUACACAACCAGGGUGAGCCGUGCCUCAUGGGGGUGAAAAGAAUCUAUAGGAAGCUGAAGCCCACCUCCAGGUGCGUCAUGGGAAAGACCUUCUCCGUGACGAUGACCUCGGCUCCCUGUGACUGCACAGAGGCUGACUUUGAGUGUGAUUAUGGCUACGAGAGAAGGACUGAUGGGAAGUGCAGCCCCGCCUUUUGGUUCCAUCCAUCUGCGAUGUCCCGGAGCUGCACAACAGGAAUGACUUUUCUCAACAGCACCGGUUACAGGAAAGUGGUGUCUAAUAACUGCACAGCUGGAGUGAUUGCAGAGUACACGGCCAGGCGACAGCACUGUCCCAUCCAGGCUCCAAAAGGUCUCCACCUGGUCACCAGUGAGGGCAGGCUGACAGCUACACUGGGAACCAAUGUCACCUUCCUUGUUUUCCUCGAGGAGGGAGACGGAGCGAGGACAAGCAUCACUUUGGACUUUGGAGACGGCCACGCCCUGACAUACUCCAACGUCAGCUCCAUCGAGGAUGGCAUCAAACAUAUUUACAAAUCCGUGGGGAUCUACAGGGUGACGGCCACUGGGGAGAACAGCCUUGGCUCUGAGACCGCCACGCUCUUUCUGCACGUCACAUGUCAGCUGGAGCAUAUCCAUCUCUCUGCUCCCUUUGUGGCGGUGAAGAACAAGGAAGUGAACCUGACCGCCGUUCUGCAUCCCAGCCAAGUGGGAACGGUCACCUACAUCUGGUGGAUCGGAAAUAACACAGAGCAGCCAGUUAUCACCCUGGAGGGGAGUGUGGCGUGCACAUUCCCCAGGGAGGGGAUCAAUACAGUCACGGUGCAGGUGGCCGCUGGGAAUACAAUCCUCCAGGACAGAAAGACUAUCGCUGUCCAUGAAUACUUCAGAUCCCAUCUGCUCGCCUUCUCAUCCAACCUGGACGACCACAACCCGGACGUUGCUGAGUGGCGGCUGGAUGUAAGCCGGGUCAUCAGGAAGUCUCUCAUCCAGGCUACAGGCGUGCGAGAGGAUCUGCUCCUGGUCACCGUCCUCCCAGGUUUACCCACAGCCGCCGAGUUCUUCCUCCUGCCUGACAAGCAGCUCACCGAGGGCAAACCAGAGAAGAGCUCAGCUCAUUUAGAUCAGCUCUCAGAGCUUCUGCUGAAUGCCUUAAACCAAAACCUGGUCCAGUUCACGUUGCGGCCGGGAGUCCAGGUCACCGUGUACGCUGCUCACCUGUCGGCAGCGCCCCUGGUGGACACCAGCGAGAACCACAGUGGCUCCGCCAUGCUAAUGCUGCUCUCUGUAGUGGUUGCGGGUUUAGCUGUGUUUGUCAUCUACAAGUUUAAAAGGAAGAUCCCAGGCCUCAACGUCUAUGCGCAGAUGCAGAACGACAAAGAACCAGAAAUGAUGAGUCCAGCCAAUCCCUCGGAGGCCACGCCCAGCUCACAGCAGGAUUUGGUGCCUUCUCUGGAGAUUCUGGACACCGAGUUUAACUCGCGGCCCAUCGUGAAGUGGUCCAGACUGCAGGAGAACUAAACAUAAAAAGUACAGUGGGCUCUCUGUGGAUGUAUGAAACCUCAUGUACAUGUGAAAUUCUCCACAGAUCUCCCCACAUACAUCGUCUGAACUCUUGGACUGGGUUAAACUCCAGCUUUCAUCGUGGAUCAUGGAUUUAUUUGGGAUUUUUUUUCUUUGCCAUUUGCGACACAAUGGUUUGGAGCUUUAUACCUGUGCAUGUUGGAACCGGCUGACACGUACUGUGCUCUGCUGAAAGCAGAAGAAACUGUGUACAGGUUGUUAUUUUUCUCUUUCUUUUUCUUUUCUUCAGCUGCAUCUUUUAAAAGAAACUAUUUGAGACUUGAGUUUGUUUGUGCGAGUCGAGCAUGAACGAGUCGGACGGAAACGACGUGAGGACCUGUAAAGUUUUUGGAUUUUCUCUCCCAUCCCGGAUCGAUUUGCUGUUUUAAUGAUGCAAACAGCGGCCAAUGUAUUAUUUAUUCAUUAUAAAAUACUUUUAUGAAGUCCUAUAUGGAAGUGAAUUACACAUUUAUUUUGUAAAUCAUGAAUGUCUAUGUUAGAACUCUGUGUAUUUUAAUAACAAAUAUACUAAAAAGAGACGCUGUUAUAAAAUAUGAGUGAGCUAUUCGUCCUCAAGAAGCUGAUAUAUAUGGCACAAAGGAGGUUUUCUAUUGAAAUAUUCAGCUUUUAUUUUGGAUUUCAACAACUUUUAGUUUUCAGGAUUCAUUUAAAGCUUUGUGUUUAAUUCCUCUGCUAAUAUUUAUGAUACCUGCCGGUUAAAAAAA